AUGUUGGUGGGCGGGGAUAAGCGUCUUUUCGCCGCGCACGAGGAUGUCCUCUCCAUCUCGCCGUACUUUCGCACUGCGUUGAAGGAAAACUUCCUGGAAGACGGUGCAAAGCAACUGGCUUUACCUGACGAGGAGCCUGAGAUCCUGUCUUGCGUUCUAGAGUUCUUGUACAAGGGCGACUACUAUCCACGCUUGCUGCAUGGCAAGCGUCGAGACUCUUGGCACCUCGAGAAUGAGCAAGAUACUAGUCACAACGGUGGUCGCGGGUCGAGCGAGGCGACGUUCUUCCACCCUGGCGUCGGAGACGUCGUGCUCCGAGACACGGUCGUCUACUGUGUUGCUGAGAAGUUUGGCUUGGAAGAUCUGAAGCGCAUUGCUCUGAGAAAGCAAGGCCUUCAGGUUGGUAUUUCAGCCGACGUGAUCUUGCGAUCUGCUCGGUAUGCGUAUGACAAUACGCCGGACUCGGAGUCUCGGCUGCGCGCUCACUACCUGGCUCUCAUCAUCCGGACUCGCAGGACCUUCAAAAGAAGUGGUACCAUGCAGAUGGAAAUGGAAAUGGGUGGGAAGUUGUUUUUUGAUCUGUUUGUGGCCAUGUGUAACCACAUGGACGAUCUUGUGGAGAUCCGGUAG